UUUAUCGGAAGUUCAGUCCGAGCAAGAUGUCUUUGAGGCCCUUUCUGCUGCUCGCGGUAACUUUGGUGACAACAAAUGCCCAAACACAACGAGAUCCCAAAGCCAUAGAUAUGCUAAAAGAGAGGAACUGGAAACAAUUUACACAAGAUGUUGGGCUCGUGGCUUACACGUGGACUGCUAACGUGACUGGACAACUCUAUAACGAGUCAGCGUGGUUGUCAGAGAGAAACAACAUUGUCGCAAUGAAAUCUCGUGACAGAGAUAUCAGGAAAAAAGGUUACGAGAUAGUGGAUUCUGUGAUCGACCUUUUGACGGGAGAAAUGGCAGUCCGCAUCAGGGUUCCUACCUCAAUUACCGUGCUCCCAGCUUCAAUGGUUGACCCACAGAUGACAAGACGUGAAAAGAGAAAAAAACUCAGAGACCUGGUCAAAGACAGAGACAGGAUGUGUUUCAUCCAUACAGAUCCAAGACUCAAUCGGGCAGCUGUCAAGGGCGAGCUACAAAAACGCGUUACUGGCGGUUCGGUUCAAAUGGGUUUACCUCAAAACUUUAUUGCAAAAGAGCAAAACCGCAUCUUAACACAAAAUCUGAAAAGUCCUCUAGUCACUAGCUUCUGUACAAGAUCUGCUGAACACAAUAACAACUUCAGACUUGAAAAAGGUGCUCCUGUCACAACUCCAACUUCAACUUACCAGGAAGUGAAAUUCAUGGGUCAGAUAGACACAGCGCAGGCUCGCGCAUCAGUUCCGUAUACAAUACACAUUGAACAAACAGUUAUGGACAAAGUCACGUCUGAGCCAGUGUGAAUUAGAAAACUUCAUAUAAACAAUCAUAGAAGUGUUAAAAAAGAAUGAACAUGUGACUUAUUUUUUUUCUGAAAUAAAUCUCUAUAAUAUGCAUACAA